AUGAGUCACAAAAAUAUUUUGAAGUUGAUUGGAUGUUGUUUAGAGACUCAAGCUCCCAUUAUACCUUUUGAACAUGUGGAGUACGAGACUCUAGCUGAUCGUAUUUAUCGCUCAUGUGAACCACAUUUUGAGCCUUUGUUAUUGACAUAUAGGUUAAAGAUUGCUAUAGAGAUAGCUAAUGCAAUUGCAUAUCUCCAUUCUGGGUUCCCUCGACCCAUUGUUUUUAAACUGAUCAAUCAAUCGACUAUUGUAUUCAAUGAACAAUAUGUUGCCAAAUUGUUUGAUUUUUCAGUCUCCAUGUCCAUUCCAGAAGGUGAAACUCACGUAAAAUAUAAAGCCUCACGUAAGUUUGAAUUUGUUGCACCUGAGUGUGGUUGGACAGGUAAAUUCAAUGAAAAGUUGGAUGUCUAUAGGUUUGGCACAUUGCUGCUUGUGCUUUUGACUGGACGUAAAAUGAUUAAUACUUUUGAAGAUGAAUACUAUUUGGAGGGUCAUGUGAAGAAAUGCAUCGAGCAGAACAUACAUCCCAUAAUUGUUGGUAUUGAACUGUCUCCAGAAAAAGAACAGCUAUUGCUUGCUUUUACUUAG